AUGACCCGAGAUAAGCAGGAGGAAAGUGGGGUUGUGGGGGAAACUGAGGCACGGCACAAGGUGGGAGCAGUAGUCUCCACGUCCAAACUUCCUGAGAGCAGCUCCGGGCCCUCCCUCCGCUUCCGACGGCCGUGCUGCGCCAUCCCGGCCGGCCGAGCCCACCGGCCAGGCCAGCCCCGCGUGGGGCCACUGCACCCCCACCCCGCGUCCCCGCGGCCCCCGGCCAGGAUGCUGCUGCGGGCCGCGGUGCUGGCGGUGCACGCCGCCCUCCUGGCUGCCCUCCGCCCCAGCGACCCCAACGUGUGCAGCUACUGGGAGAGCUUCACGGCGGCGGUGAAGGAAUCCUACACCAAGCCCCACGUCGUGUCCUCCAGCGAGCCCUGUCCCGGCGGGCUGGGCUCCCCCCUGCCCUGCCCGCAGCAGAGGGUCGUGCACCGCACCGAGUACCGCCAGGCCGUCCGCACCGACUACCGGCGGCGCUACCAGUGCUGCCUGGGCUACUACGAGAGCCGGGACACCUGUGUCCGUGAGUGGGGCCGGGGGGGCCGGGGGGCCGUGUCCCACCCAGGGUGUCCCCAGAGCUGCCUGUGGACACUCCCUGCCUGUUCCCCAGCUCGCUGCAGCCAGGAGUGUGUCCACGGCCGGUGUGUGGCUCCCGAGCUGUGCCAGUGCGAGCCGGGCUGGCGCGGCCCCGACUGCUCCAGCGGUGAGGGACCG